AACACCACUUUUCUCUGAUUCUCCCUACCACCUCCAAAAAUCAAGAUUGUCUGUUUCCUUUCAAAGACCUCCUUUAGUUCAAAUUUUCCCAUAAAACAUUUACUCUCUCCUCAUUUCACUCUCUAGUAUCAAAACACUACAGAGGCUAGUUAAUGUGAAUUAUGCCUCAAGUGAAAAAAGAGCACAAGAGAUGCAGAAAACAAGAAAAGGAAAAACAACAACAGAACUCGUUUGCAGCAACCAAUGGAGCUGAAUCAAGAAUCCCAUCAAAGAAGAAGAUGUUCAUGUUUGUCAAGCUUAAAGGACUGGGGUGUAAAGCGGCGGAGACGACGCCGGCGAUCAUAAGAUCAGCGGCUGAGUGGGAGGCUAAGGGUGCAAGAAAUCAGAAGAGAAAACCUUUGCAUAAUCGAAGGAAUCUGGAUAAUGUUGUUGUUGAUCUUCCUCAUGUCAACAUGUGUUGCACGUCGCCAGGAAUCGGUAUUGCUUCGGAUGUUGCACCUCGAGCUGCACCACACAGAAAGCAUUCUCGAGAAGCAAGAAGAAAUGAUGUUGAUGCAGCUGAAUUUCAGAUUGGGAUUGGGCCACGAACUACUCAUCGUUCUUCUGAAGAAUUCAUAGAGAUGCUGAUGAACCGGCAAGCGCUGCUUCCGGGGAGAACACUCCGGCAACACGACCGAUAUCAACACUGGAGGCUCGACGUGGAUGAUAUGUCGUACGAGGAGCUACUUAAUUUGGGAGACAGAAUUGGGUACGUAGGCACCGGGUUGCAGGAAGCAGAGAUAUCCAAUUGUCUAAAGAAAUUCAAACAUAUCAACAAAGAUUGGGAGUGCAGCAUUUGCCAGGAGAGAUGCAAGGUAGAUGAUGAAAUAGGAAUACUCAAAUGUGGCCAUCAUCAUCACGUGGAAUGCAUAAAGCAGUGGCUUCUACAGAAGAAUGCAUGCCCUGUCUGCAAAUCUGCUGCCCUGUCCAAGUAAAAUAAGCCAUUUUUUUGCCUUUUUUCGAAAUUGUGGGGCUAAAAAUCUCACCUUUUUCCACGACUUUUUACUUGUGUGGUUCUGGCACUCUAGAUAGGAGCAUGAGAUCGUGGUCCAAGCUCUGGGGUUGCCUCUUGUAAUGCUUUAUUAAGCAGAGCUCUGUUCCCUACAUCAUGAAAAUUCAAUACUACUCCAUUUUUCAGCCACAUAAA